CACUCUAUUUAUUUACUUGUAAUUGCAACAGGGUGUCACUCUGUCACUAAGGCUGGGGUGCAGUGGCAGGAUCAUAGUUCACUACAGACUUGAACUGGACUCAAGUAAUCCUCCCUCUGGAGCCUCCCAAAGUGCUGGGAUUACAGGAAUGAGCCACCGCGCCAGCCUUAUGUCUUUUUUUUUUUUUUUAAGUAAGCAUUCUGCUCUUCAAGUUCUCUGUACUUGGACACACCCUAAUUUCUAACUUCUAUAUGGUGUUACCUACAUAAGCCUCCACAGAUCCUACCCAAGGGCAACAGAAAAACUCAGCUGCUUCGUGGACACUGGGAGUUGCUGGCUGUGGGCUGUUUGUAGCAGGAACAGGAAGUACAGGGGCUGCCUCCGCCCCACCCUGGUCCUCCUUAGGCUUCCGAUCCUGUUUUGGAUGUGCAGACUGGAGGUGAAGAGGUCUCUGGUGCUGCUACUGUGAGUGCUUCUUUGGUCACUACAUUGUCCUACCUUUUCAUGGCUAUGGAAUUCAGUGAAUGCCUCUAUCGCAUUGCGGAAGAAAUAGGCAGUGAUGAGCUGGCCUCCCUCAAAUUCCUAAGUCUGGAUUACAUCCCACAAAAGAAGCAGGAACCCAUCGAGGAUGCCCUGAUAUUAUUCCAGACACUUCGGGAAAAGAGAAUGUUGGAGGAAGGCAAUCUGUCCUUCCUGAAGGAGCUGCUGUUCAGAAUUGACAGGCUGGAUCUGCUGGUUAAAUACCUGGACACCAGCAAGGAGAAGAUGGUGAGAGAACUAACACAGGGCACAGCUCAAAUUUCUGCCUACAGGGUCAUGCUUUUUAAUAUAGCAGAAGAUAUAGACAAACUGGAAUUGAGAUCUUUUAAGUUUUUUUUGAAAAAGGAGAUUCCCAAAUGUAAACUGGAAGAUGACAUGACCUUGCUUGAUAUUUUUGUAGAAAUGGAGAAGAGGGUCAUCCUGGGGGAAGGAAACUUGGACACUCUGAAAAGAAUCUGUAGCCAAAUCAACAAGAGCCUGCUGAAGAAAAUCACUGAUUAUGAGGAAUUAAGCAGAGAGAGAAGACUGAGCUUUGAAAGAAGUACAGAUGAAUUUUCAAACGAGGAAGAGUCGCUCAGAAUGCUGGCAAUCUCGGACUGUCCAAGAGAACAAGACAGUGCGUCACAGACAUAUGACAAAGUUUAUCCAAUGAAAAGCAAACCUCGCGGAUACUGUUUGAUCUUCAACAAUUAUGAUUUUAGCACAGCACGAAGAACAGUGGCAAAACUUCAGAGAAUGAGAGAUCGAAAUGGAACACACCUGGAUGCAGAGGCUUUGAGCAAGACCUUUAGUGAGCUUCAUUUUGAGGUGGUACAUUAUGAAGACACCACAGCAAAAGAAAUCCGUGAGGUUCUGAAAUCCUACCAAAGCAUGAACCACAGUGACAAGGACUGCUUCAUCUGCUGUAUUCUCUCCCAUGGAGACAAAGGCAUCAUCUAUGGCACUGAUGGAGAGGAGGCCCCCAUCUAUGAGCUGACCUCCUUUUUCACUGGUUCGCGGUGCCCUUCCCUUGCUGGAAAACCCAAAGUCUUUUUUAUUCAGGCUUGUCAAGGGGAUAAUUACCAAAAAGGCAUAUUUGUUGAGACUGACUCAGAGCAGCAGGAGGCCUAUUUAGAAAUGGAUGCAGCAUUCCAAAAUAAAUAUAUCCCAGAUGAGGCUGACUUCCUGCUGGGAAUGGCUACUGUAAACAACUAUGUUUCCUACCGGAGUCCUGCAGAGGGGACCUGGUAUAUCCAGUCACUUUGCCAGAGCCUGAGAGAAAGAUGUCCUCGAGGUGAUGAUAUUCUCACCAUCCUGACAGAAGUGAACUACGAAGUGAGCAGCAAGGAUGACAGAAAACGCCUGGGGAAACAGAUGCCGCAGCCCACCUUCACGCUCCGGAAAAAGCUGAUCUUCCCCCUUCUCUGACCUGUGCUGUUUGGAUGAGUAACACUACCUCUGUGGAGUAAAAAAAGUGCAAUUUUUUUAUAGAAUAAAAGUUAAUAUAUUAACUUAAACUAAUUUCCACACUACAUAAAAAUUUUCUAAAUUAACAAUUGGAAAUAUUAAUUAUAAUCUUUUAAAAAAUGAAAAAUUUUAAAUAAUCUUCCCCAAAACUCUUUUUCUUUUUCAUUUUUUUAAAUUGUUUUUUAUUAAAUCAUCAUAAGGAAUCUUCUGUAUCUCUUUAUAUUCUGAGUGUAUGAAGCGUGAGAAUGUCUCAUGGUAUGUAAGAUCAAAAAUACAUCUUUUGUUUAUUCUACUUCCCCCUAGACACCCUUGUCUAGGUACUACAAAAUAAAGCUGAUUUUGUGCUUUGUUGCUGGCUGCAUCCAUCAGCUCGGUCAGACCUUCCCAUCCCAUCUUUUCGUCUCUGUGUCUUUUUUUGUGCUGUAUUUUUCUCAGUCCCCACCAAUUCCACUCUGGUUCACUCCCCUUCCCCAUGCUGGUUCGUGACAGCUCUAAAACUCCCGAGCUCAGGAGAUCCACCUGCCUUGGCCUCCCAGAGUGUGAGGAUUACAGGCACGAGCCACCACACUGGGCCCCCAACAUAAUCUUAUUUUACUGUCCCUUGGUUAUUUUUCGUGUCUGUGUUUGGUUAGUUUCUGUUUUUCGCCAAUGGCACCCCACAGGUGGAAGACAUUUGCAUUGCAGGCAGGUUUCA